CCUCGCCCGCGGCAACAGUAAACAAAUAUGGCGGGCGACUUGAACGAUCCAGAACUCGAGGACUUCUUAUGUCGUGUGAAUGAAUUAGAAUCCAUCGUGAAGAGUGAUGCCGUACCUGACAAACAGACAGAGGGUAGUCUUUCCUCAGCAGGCAGUUCAGAUGGAGUGCGACGACAGAAGGAACCAGUUGAUAGGACAGUGAUCAACCGAGCAGCCUUCAAAGAUGCCAGUACUAGUCAGAGGAGUGUAGGACCUUCACAAAGCCAAACACCAGAUGAUUUUAUGAAAGCCUUAGAAGCAGAUGCAAAUCAGCGUGCUGAGAAACGCAGGAAACAGAAAGCAGAGGCGACGGUGUUGAAAGACCAGGGCAACCAGGAAUUCCAGACGGGCAACUAUACUCGGGCAGUUGAGCUGUACACCGAAGGCCUGGACCGACUUAAGGAUUUUGUUAUCUUGUACACCAACAGAGCACAGGCUUACAUCAAAUUGGAGAAGUUCCCAGAGGCUAUUGAAGAUUGCCAGACAGCUUUGCAGCUAGAACCUGAGAAUGUUAAAGCCUUGGUCCACCUUGGCAGGGCCCAGCAAGGUCUAGAGGAUUACGAGACUGCCAUCAAGACGUUCCAAGAAAUUAGGAAGAUUGAUCAGAAACAUGAGAAAAUGGUGACAGACUACAUCGCAGCUGUGAAUUUGGCCGAGUCCACAGCCAGGUCAAACAUGGAAGCUGAGAAGCUUUUCAGUGAGGGAGACAUUAGGGCGACAGGUGUUCAUGAGACAGUCAUGAAGCUCAACCAAUCAAACCAUCCGAUACCCUACUAUGCUGGUGGAAUGCGUGUUCUCAGCUUCACUCUCAAUGACGAUGCAUCUCGUGCACAGUUUAGAAGUUUUGGUGGAUUUGACCUCCUCACAGAUCACUCAGUUAUCCAACAAAGUCUUGACGAUGCAGCAGCUGGCAAGGAUCGGAAAUCUGACGUCCAGGACCUUCUUUGUUCAACCUUUGACCUUUUGAGCACAGCUGUGAAGGAUAAUGAAGAAAAUAUUGUCCACCUUAUAAAUGUCCCAACUACGCCUUCUCUGCUCGUCAAUAUUCUGAGCAGUGCUUCCAGUGAGAUCCAGUCUCGAUGUGUUUGUCUGCUUUACACGGUGUCCAGGAACCCAAGGGGAUGCUGUGCACUGUUGCAACACAUUAAUGUGUUUAGGUUACUGACUAGUCUGCUGACUUUCCUGCGUGAUCCACGGGCAGACUCCAUCAGUCCUUUAGCCGCUGACGUUCUUGGUCAUCUCAUACAGAGUGACCGGUUUGUUGCCAGAUUCUCAGCCACAGUUGGGGAGUUUCAAGAGUUGAAUUCUGCUUUUGAAAACCUUCUGUUGAGGAACUCCAAGAUUCAGCAGUCUGUAUUACUUGAAAGUAUACGCUCAAUGUUCACCUUGACCAGAGAGAAAUAUGUAAGAAACCGGAUGAAAACAAAGGGAGUUAUAGCAGCUGUCGUGGGAACAAUGGAGAGAUUCUCCAAGAAGCAAUCCACGCCUUCCAUGGAGAGGAUUCUCACUGAUCUGAUCAGUCUCUUGAUAAACGUCUUUGCUGAGAGCUGUCCCUCUGAGGGAUAUCAGAAGGAGCUGAAAUCAAUCUUUGUGAUGAUGAUGCAAUUACUGGAAAGUGACAAUGAGGAAUUGAGACAGAGAGCCAUUGGCUUGCUCAGCCGAACGUUAGCCAACACCAGUGAGAGUGCAGUGGAUGUGAUCAAACAAAAUGUUAUUCCGAAAAUUGUCCACGUGAUGAAGAUUGAUGGAGACAGGUGUGGCCAGUAUGCCUCUAAGUGUCUAGCUGUACUGACACAGAGAAGUGAGAUUGCAAGGAAGGAACUUGUGAGAGUAGAUAAAGAACUGAAGGUCAUUUGUGAGCUGUUGAAGGGAGAGAACAGCAUUACCAUCGCCAACGCUGCCCUGAUUAUUGGGCACUGUACCCAGGUACCAGGGCUCAGUGGAUCUCUCAUCAGCACAGACAUCAUCAAGACCCUGCUGUCUAAGACAGACACAACGAGCGAGGCAGUGAAGGAGAACUGUGCUAUUGCACUGGCCAAACUGGCCACAACAGACGACAGGCAUCUAGAAAGGUUAAGAGAACUGGGUGGCAUCGGUAUUCUUCAUUCCUGCAUGAAAUAUGUCAAACAGUAAGUCAACAGCCAUGGAGUCGGCAACUUCAUUGGCGAAACCACGGAGAGAUUGUUACACGCCAUUUGGUCAAGCAUUCUCUUUAUUACUUAGGCAUAUAUAAGGGGUAAUACCAAGAAACAGGUUGAUUGGUGAGAUAGGAAACUGUGCAAGUGGCAUUCUGUUCUCGUGAAAUGUUACAGUCAAUAAAUAAGACAUCCUAAGUGCAACCCUGGUAUUAAGAAGCUAUGAAGAUUCAAUGCCACAUGACUGGCCGUAAACAAAGCACAAAGAGAAUUUGAAGGUGUCUGAGAAUACCAGAGAAGGUUAAGUUUGCCUUUUUAGCUGAGACUGUGGCCGUAGAUGGCGUUGAAAACAAGUGGAACCCUUGGUGAGCCUUGUGUGUGAAAAAAAUCUACUUGUGAUCAGGGGAAGAGCUUGAACAUGUCGAAUGUUGGAGUAAGGGUAAAGAACAGUUUGUCAAGAUUUGUACAUUUUCUUGCCUGUACUUUUAUAACUAAAAUCCCCAACCCUCCAAUUUUGAUAUGAAUUUUAACACGCUGUUAGGAGCUACACUUGGAUUACUCAUUUUUAUAUUUUCCAUUCACACUUUAUGAACUGAAAUGGACAGUAGUCGAUCAAACGUUUCUUGCGUUCCAUCCAAACUAACGCACUAUUGGACAAAUCUUGCAUCAUGUCAGUGGACAUGCCCAGCGGUCCUUUUGAUGGGAGAAAGUACUGUGGUGGUACUUGUAUGGAUCAACUGUCUCAGACCAAUGGCUUCUUACAGUAAAUAUCACAGUGACCAUGAUAGCCUUACCAAGGUCAGUGGAUUUGUCUAGAAGCUUUCAGACCGACUGUCUUUGUAAAUUCGAACUGUUAUACUGCGCUUUACAUCAAUGUUUGUUGAAAGGUACCUCCAGGACAUGUAUAAAUUCAAGGUUUAUAUAUUUGUAUUACUCCAUAUUAUGAUGUUUUUUGGAGUAAUGUCCACAACAAGAACAUUCAUGUGGAUUUGUCUUUCAGUUUACAGAUUAAAAAAAGCAGUUGAAGCAUUUUGUCAGUGCAUUCAGCAUCUCCAAACUGGUGCACACCAGGAGGCUAGGGUACGGUUUAAAUCGUUAUGGCGACAUUGAAAAUGAUGAAUUUUCUCGGUCUUUAUUAAAGAUGGUCUAAAUACA